AUGACGCCGCACAGUCUUAAACCCAUGGUUCUGGGCCUUGCCCUGGCCUUCUCCAUCCAGCCGGCAGCGAGCUCGUUCAGCCUCGACACGGCCGUCCAGGAUUACUGGUACUACGUGCACAACCACCUGGCCGACACGACAUCGCAGGCGUGCCUGGACGCGUACAGCGCCGACAUCGACUGCGACAUCACGCUUCUGGGCCUCGUGUCGUCCGGCAGUCCCAACUUUAACCCGGGCCCAGACGACCUGGAGCGCACCUGCGUCCCGUCGUGCUCCGACUCGCUCGACACCUGGGUGCAAAACGUUAAGAAGGCCUGCAGCGCCGACGGCGACGGGGCGUUAGUCAGUGGGAACGAGCUGCCGAAACCGCAGGUGCCCGUCUCGGUCAUCGGCGAGGUAUUCCAGUACGAGUACGCCUGGGCGUGCUCCAAGAACAGUUCUGGAUGGUGCUAUUUCAACUACCAGACCAGCUCGGAGUGGGCCGACGUCGACUUCACCUGCACGAACGAGUGUGCGACGCAGUUCAUGACGAAUGGGAACAACCUGCCGGGCUCCAAGUACUGGUUCCAGGUUUAUGAGCUGGCGGACCGGUCGGAUUGGUGGAAGACACAAUGGGCCGAGGGCUACCAGCACGCGUUGGAGUGUGCUGGAGAGGAUGCGAAUUCGACUUUGACGGCAGGGAGUUCAGCUUCAACGGUGCCUGCCGAUGCGACGGCAACGGAUACAACGGAGACGGGAAGCGCGACGAGCGCGACGGCAACGGCGACGGACAGCGAAACGGACGCGACGAGUACGUCUUCUGAUUCAAUCCAAAUUACGGCCUCGGAGCCCACGACCAGCUCAUCAAGCUCUACGAGUCCGACUGCGACUCUCACUCCAGCUACGGGUACCGCUGGGCGACUGAGCCCGCCCUCCAUCUUUCUCGCGUGGCGAUGGAUUAGCAGCUUAUCUAGAUAG